AUGCACCGGAUAUAUGUUGAAAUUUAUGUUCUGCAUUAUAGAAUACAUAAAUGUGACCGGAGGAAUGUACGUAACUUUUCGGCCAUUAACUUUAGUGUUGAAGAGGACAGAGUGGAUUGUGUUGCGCUUUCUAAUCCGAUAAUUAUGAUCACACCUAAUGAACUUCAACACUGUCUAAAUGUGAAUGCAUUCCAAUCUGCCUCGAAAAAUUUAUAUCAUCCCUCUGCAAAAAUGGCUGCUAUUGCUGCCUCUCAAUCUCAUUGUGCUAGACCAUCUUCUGUACCUGGUUGUUUUGAACGUCGAGAAGGUUUCAGUGUUUCAACAAAAAAUCAGUUAUCUCCUGUAAACUCUGAUAAUCUAUCGCUGUAUCCUAAAAUCAGUCCAAUCUAUCAUUUGUCUUUAUCACCAACUACCAAUACGUGCAAUGAAGAGCAUAUUUCACCUGGUUUAAGAGGUUCAGCAUUCAAUAAUGAAACUUCUCAAAAGUAUUAUAUUCCUACUAAUUCACCUCAAUCCACUGUUGUUAUUCAAUACUCAAGCGGAGAGGAUUGUAUGCCUUCUCCAUUUCACCAUUCGAAUUCCCCUCAUCUACGUAAUCCAUCAUUUAGCGAUUCUUCUCCUAUUUCAAUUGAACAUAACAAAAAACAUAAUGCAGUUGAUCAGAGCAAUAAUAACAGUAAUACUACUAGUAAUAAUAACGAAAGUGAAUUAUUACCGUUUGAUCUUCCCAAACUGUGUACAAAAUCUGAAGGAGGCAUUGCCUUGACUUUGCCUACAGAUGUUAUUCUGCCAGAGGAUAAUGAAGGACAAAGUUCUUGGAAUUAUCACCAACGAUUGAUGGAUGUUAUUAUAACUGUGGUUAAUCGAAGUGGAGAAAUAUUAUAUUAUGACAAAAACCUUCCAAAUCAACAAAGUUUUUGCCUAGAUAACAAUGAAAAAUGCGAUGAUAAUGAUUAUGCUAAUUUACAAAUUGGUGACAGUUGGACUAGUAGAAUUCAAGAUGGUGAUUUAGCAAUUUGGGAGAAGCAUACCUCUAAAAUAUUUAAUGAAGCAUCUCGUUGGUCUCAUGCCCGUAACACUUUACUCGAACAAAGUGUAUUGUCAAUUAACAGUGAUGAUGGAACAGUUGAGAACCGACAACAUAAAAUUUUUACAUCAUCUAAUUCUAGUAGUUUAAUUUCCUCUGAAAACUCUUCCAAUCGUCAUUUAUUUGAUUGUCCUAUAUAUCGUGUAAAAUUGGGUCGAAAAUGGUUUUAUGUUCACACGUUUAGUUUACCUAUUAACCGUUGUACUAAUUCAAGCCUGCUGCAAUCAGAUAUGUUAUUAUGUGAACCAUUGGUAGUGCAUUAUCAUAAUCUUCUUCGUGAAUGUGAUCAAAGUGUAGAAUCCACUGGUUCAAAUGCAUCAAUAUGUCUUAAGAAAGCCAUUGCACAAUCCACUUUGUCUAUGGAUUUGACUGAAACAAAUUGUUCUAAUUCAUUUAAAAAUACUGUUGUUCCUUGUUCAUCUGUUUGUGAAAACCCAAUAUCAUCACACUUAAUCAUAUCUACUGUAAAUGAUCAUUGCCGAAUCAAUGAACCGUCCAACGGUAGUAGUAGUAGUAGUAGAAAUCUUUCUCUUUCCACUAGUACUUGUCUUUCAUAUACCAGUUCACCUGAUCCAUCUGUUACUAGUGGGCAGACAUUGGUUUUUAACUCGACCUCGCCGCCAUUAUCGUCCCUUGUAUUACCUCAUCAUCAUCACGUUCACCUUACACAUUGUCAUCAUCAUCAUCAUCAUCCUAAUGAAAUUCACGAUGCCACAGCAAUAACAUCAACUACCAACAAUCAUCGUCAUCAUCAUCACCAUUAUGUUCGUCAUCAUCAUACGCCUAAUACUUCUCAUGAUUCACCUCAGCCUGUAAUAGUUUCUCAUCUUCCUCAUCAAAAUUCUAUCGGAGAGAAAUCUACUUGUUCGUCUGAUACCUCACAUAGACUUAAUCAAAGAAAGAUCAAUAUAGAUCAUGUUGGUUGUGGCUUAAGUGUGUAUCAUAAAGAUUCGGCAAAUUACAACUCAUUAACUUGUCAGACAAUUACAAAUCAUGAUUAUCAAUCUCACCUAGACGCAUCGCACCAUCAUCAUCAUCAUCACCACCACCAUCAUCAUCAUCCCCUUAUCCAUACUGGGAAAAGUCUACAUAAUAAUGACUGUCAUACUUAUUGUCAUCAAAAUGAUAAAUCAACAAUAACUGAGUUUGUACCUACAUCGUCAUCAUCUGCUAUAAAAUCUGAUAACAUAUCUAAAUCACCGAUCCUUGUUGUUAGAAAGUCAAGUUCACAAUCUCAUUCAGAGCACUCCUCAACUGCAGAUAACAAUACAGUGCAAUAUGGAAAUACGAAUGUGAUUGGAACAUAUUGUGAUAAUAACUCAUUACUAUCGGAUAUAAGUGGUGACUCGAUGUAUGAACAUUUUGAUACAGAAUUUAUACCUUCCAGUUGUAAUGAAGAAUUUCAUAGUCGCUCAAAUACUUAUCAUUACAAUAGUAAUAGUAAUCACAACAGUAACUCUGCUGUUGUCUAUUCAACUGGAAAUACCAGCGAAUCUCUGAGUGGUUUAUCGUUUACUAAUAUCCAAUUACCUCGAAAUAAUGAAAUAAACUCUGCUACAGAGAAUGCUAAUGAUGGAAAUUCUUCCACUGAAAAUCUUCAUAAUGUACUAAAAAAUAAUACUACUAAUCGUCAACCAAUACAUGAAAAUCAUCAAAAUGAUAGUUGUACUAUACAACAUAGAUCACUGAAUAAAAAUCAAUACGAUAGACGGAUUUUAAUGCUGCAACAUCUUUUACCACCCCAAGCAAUACAAGAAAUUCGUCAAAUAUGGCAGGAAAUGAAUAGGCUUAUUAAAUGUGAUUCAGAAAUGUCUCUGAAAUCGUCAGUUUCCACAAUACCAGUUACUACUACUGCUGAAAUUCCGAAUUCUUCAUCGCAUAAUGUGUCAAAUGUCGUACGUGAAAAUUUUGCUCGUCGAGUUCGACAAAUUGUUAGACAGUAUCUUGGGCCUAAAGCAUUUAUCACAGAUAAUUUACCUGAACCUCGGUCAGAAAUAGAUUCAUGUUUUAAAACAGAUGAUAUUGUAAUGCUUCAAUCGGACAAUAAUCAACAGUUGGGAUUAUCAACGUUGGACUAUGAUGAAAAUGAAAAAAAAACAGCUUCCAAUUCUGGCAUCAACGUCAUUGAAGGAACGAAUGCUUCUUUUACUAGUCCUUUUAUUCUGUCAACAAUACCAUGUACUAAGUCACUGUGCGCUAGUGUUGGUAGCAGUGAUGCAAAAUCGUCUACCAUUGAAAUGUUUUCAUCUGAAAUAACAGACAAACUGUUUCGCAAUGAAACCAAUAUUGUAGAAAGUAAUUCAGGUGCAUUAUGUCCUAAUGUUACUGCGACUUGUGUAACUUCAUCUAAAGUUCAGGAAAUAUCUGCAUCUUGUAAUGAAACUGUGAGUGAUUCACCAUUGACGUCAUGCAUAAAACAGACAGAUGAACGGAUUGUUUCACAAUCACUUAAUAAUAAUAACAACAACUUUAAUAAUAGUCUUUCUAGUGAAACUCCAUACACAUCAUCUACUGGUAAUUUACCGCGAGUAUCAACUAAUUCACAGUGUUGUAUGCUUGAAUGGUUAUUGUCUGAAGAAGCUGAUCUAUGCAUAUUACCACCAUCAUUAUGUCAGUCGAAAGUUGGAGAUAAGCCACAGCAACAGUCAAUCUCUGGAAUCUCACCACCACCAUCAUCGUUCCACAGUCAGGUGAUUUCACCAAGAGCAUCAUGUUGUAUGGCAUCUUCUAGUCAAACGCACAAUUUUCAGUAUGGUUCACCUGUUUUGACAGAAGUUGCUUACAGCCCAAUAUCCAUGUCCCAACAGAAAAUUAAUUCCGAACUACAAAUUAAUAAUCGUUCAUUAUCUUCCAAUAAUAGUGGUUCAUUGAUUACGACGACUACUACUGUUGGUGCUGGUACUGUUACUUCGUCGGCGAAUUUGUCUUAUAUUGAAAUUCGAUCUUCUCCGCAACCACGAACUGAGAGUUUAUUAGUUCGUUUACUGCAUCCAGCAAAAAAUCACUCUGUUGGGCAUCAUACAGAUAUAAAUACUUAUGAUGGAGGACAUUUACUGAAGUUAUCCUCUCCAACAUUACCACGUUCUGUAGCUAUGACUUCUCAAUUUGUUCCAGAUACAACUGAUUUAAACACUUCUAACAUAGUUACAAACACUGGAUCUGACAUCAAUAAUGUACAACGACAACUAAACAAUCGACAACCGGAAUGUCGAUUAAUCGCUGUUUCUCUAGAUAAUCUGUGCAACAAUCAACCAACGACAAAUACUAGUAAACGAUGUCGUAGUGGUCCUGCAACUACACAAUCAAUUUCAUCGCCAUUCAGUGCACAUAUAUCACCCGGUAAUAAACGAACUCGACAUGCUUCACAAUUUGAGGAAGUUCCUCCGCCUAGUACAAGAAAAAAUUCUGGUAUAUCUGAAGCUCAACAUAAUUCAGAUGUAAUUCCUAGUCCACCUUUCACGUCAUUAACACAACUUCUUUUGCAAGAUUUUCCAUUAGUCUCCGAUAUAAUAUCGUAUUCUUCAGUGGAUUCUCCUAAAUAUACUUCUUCAUUUGAACAAAAUGAUUAUCAUUGUAAAUCUACUAAAUCUUUUUCAAAUACACAUGGAUAUGAAAAUCUUCAAUGUAACAUGACAACUUCACAUGACAGAAACAAAAUAAUCAGUUCGAAUAUUUCACAAAGUGACUAUUGUCUUUCGGCAAAUCCACCUUCUAUAAUAACAAGUGAAAAAUUUACGAGAAAUCAAGGCCUAUUCAUCAAUUCAAAUAAUGUUGCUUUCAGUAAACAUAUAUCAUCUUCUUCUGAUCAUCAACCUAAUGAUGAAAAUACAUUGUCAACAUUUUCCUGGUCAACAUUAUCACCUAGUUCUAAUGUAAAAUCUAAAUUAGAAAGUAAAGAUAAAUAUCUUGUAAAAACAAGUAAAGAUUCAGAGAAUAAUUCCACCAGUAAUUUAAUACCUGGACAAUCUAGUAUAUGUCAGUUAUUAUUAGAUGCACAAUUGGAACCAGAAGAAAUAUCAGAUGCUGUGGCUAAUGUUCAAAAUUAUUCAAACGUAUCAUUUAAUCGUAAUACUUUGUCCACGAUUAAUAAAUGUAAAGAAGAAGGCAGUAAUGAUGAUAUGUCAUCUUUUAAAAUUAACUUACAAAUCACAUCGAUUGCCGACGACAACCAAUCUUCCAUUAGAUUACCUGCUAGUACUUCUACUACUACUACUACUAGUUGUUGUUGUGGAGCUUUAUCUUCUACUGAUCUUACUGACAACUGUCCGUCAAAACAACUCCCACCACCACCAUCGUCGUAUUCAAUAGCUCCAGUCGAAUGGAAUGAUGAUGAUCUACAACAGUUAAUCCAUGAAGCAAUAACUAAUCCUAAUGAUGCUCUAAUAGAAGAGAAUAAUCGCAAUACAUGUUCAUCAUGUUCUUCAUCUUUAGAUCUACCCAAACGACAUCCAUCCACUUCAUCGAAAGAGAUAUCGGAAGAAGUGGAAAUUUUAUGUGAGAUAUUACGACGAGAUGAAUUAGAAAGAAAUAAUAAAAAUGCUGAAUAUUGUCAUCCUAAUCAAUGUGAUGCUGCUACUGCUGUUACUACUACUUCUACCAUCAAUACUUCUAUUAUUUCUAGUACAGAAGCUGGUAAUAAUAAUCCAUUGCCAUAUCUAAGUGAAUCACCCAGUUCUAAAAGGUCGAGAUUCUCUUCAUCCACAUCGAUAUCUGAUCAUCAAAUCGAUAAUACUGGUGAUAAUAAUAUGACUAGUGUUGAUGGUGAUUUUGUUCAUCGAGAUGAAGUUAAUUGGCAAAAUGAUGCUAAGGCUGUUGCCCGUAUCUGUGAACAAUUACAACAGGGUCUAGUUACGGAAAAGUUGCCAGUCACAUCAUCAAAUAAUGAUAGUAACAACGGUACUGUAACAGAAUAUCCUGGAUAUUCUGUAAAAAUCAAUGAUCAUAAUAAUAGUAGUACUUCUGUACUAUCCAGUAAUAUUCCUGAUUAUUCAAUUUCGCGAAACGAUAUAAUAGUGUCAUUGAAGCAUACUACUCCAGUGCCAGAUCUAGCAAUGACUAAUUUAAUGACUACAACUUGUACAACAUGGUCAAGUUAUUCACCUCAGAUGACAAGUGGUAGUGGGCAUAAUAUACUACGACGUAAUAAUAGUGGAAACAAUAAUAAUAAUAAUAAUAAUAAUAAUAAUAGUAGUAGUAGUAGUAGUAGUAGUAGUAGUAGUAGUAGUAGUAGUAGUGGUGUUAUUGCUACUACUACCACUACUAUUACGAAUGUUGUGAAUAGAGCUGCUGUGGCUGCCGCAUUAGCUAGUCAACAAGCUGCAGCAAGUCAACGUAAUCAAUUGAAUAAUCAACGUCUAUUAGCCGAACAACGUAAACGCCUUAUCCAACAUCAGUUAUAUAAUCAAGUUGCUGUGUAUUCACUGAAUUCAUCAGCAACUAAUCGCAACCCUAUGUCGAACUCGGAUUCGAAUCCUCAAGUGAAUACAUUUUUUAUCAAUGAAAAUAUGUAUGGUAUACAAAAUUUACCUUCUUCUCUUAGCAUUUCUCCCACUACUAAUAAUAAUACUAUCAUUUCUACAACAGCUAGUCAUAAUAAUCAUAAUCCAACUUAUCAUUUAUUACAUGUAAUUCCGAAUAAAUCAAUGAUUAGGAAAUCUUUAUCAUUAGAUACUACUAGUACACAAAAUAUGAAUGCAAAUUUAUUGAAUUUAAAUGCUACAACAGUGAUUUCAUCGAAUUCACCUUCAUUCAGUUCAACAUCUAGAGGUGCUAAUUUUUAUCAUUAUUAUCAACAUCAUCGUCCAGAGGAUUUAUCUCGAUUUUUAAAAGAAGUUGGUCCUAAUGUACAAGUACAACUUUCUUGUUCAAUCCCUACAAUUGAUAAUCAUCAGUUAAGUAAUGCACAUAAAACCCCUCAUGUUUACCCUACAUUGCAUCAUAGAAGUACAGUGAAAAUGCAAAAACCACCUGCUAGGCAUCAAAUGAUAGCUAAAACAACAACAAUUACUUCUACUACACCAUUGUCAACGUCAGCAAUGUUUCAUAAUUCCCAGACCGCUGUGCUACAAUCAGGUAGUAUUGGUUCGUCGCUAUCAUCAUUAUCGUCGUCCUCCCAUAAAACUUCAACAGCUUUACCAGUUUAUUCUUCUCAUUCAUCUACAGUGAGUAACUUAUCAUCUAUAAACAAUCCAAAGAAAAUUUCAAGGGAAGAUUCAAUUCUACUUAACCAAAAACAUUUUCCAUUUGUGGAUAAUAAUAAUAAUAAUAAUAAUAAUAGUGUACCAUCUAGUAGUUUGAUGGCACAUAAUGAGAACGCAUAUUCUAAUAUAUGUUGUACUGAAAAUCCUAUGAAUUCAGUUCAGUGUCUUGAAUGGUCUUUACCUCAACCUGUUUAUGUACAACAACAGAAAAUCAAUUCUAACUUGGAUAAUAUAUCUUUGUGUAAUAAUACUGUUUAUCCCCAAUCAGCUCAUUUAGCUCAUAAUUAUCGUUCUCAGGUUUUUCCAAAUAGUCAUAAAACCAGCGAGUUAAACAAUAAUAAUAAAAUUGAUACAUUUAAUUACUUCACUCGAAAUGAUUCAUCGUAUUGUAAUAAUAAUACAUUGAUGAUAAAUCAUUCGAAUGUUGUUUAUCCCUUAACACCGUGUAAUAGUUUAUCACCAAUCAGUGUAUCAGCGAAUACUUCCCCAAGUUCCAGUACUACGUCUGGUUACCUUAAGUCACCACCGCCACCACCGCCGCUGUCUGCAUGUCAACAAUCGAUAGAAUCAGCGUAUUCCACAUCAUCAUCUUCAUUGGACACUUUAGUUAAUCAUUAUUAUGAAAUAAAUUCAACGAGUGGAUCAUUCGAUUGUUGUUUCAAUACUUAUUCAAGUUAUCCAACUUUUCACAGAAAUCUAUCAACAAUGUCUAAUUCAUCAACAAUAUCUUAUAAUUUUAAUCAUACAUCUCAGGAUACUCCUGUUACUAAAAUUAUUGAUCCUUAUUUAGAAUCGAUGUUACAGUCAAAUUAUAAACAACAGUAUCAACAACAAAAUGAAGAGAAUUUAUUACCAGAUGAUCUAAUCAAUGAUGUAUUCGAUCUUGAGAUUAUGAUUGCAGCUAAGCAACAACGAGAAUAUCAUCAUAAUUCAACAACAAAUGAAUUGCAGUGUUUAACUGUGGAUGCAUCACCAGUCCCUAUCAAACAACAACCUCAAUUGACUUUGUUGAAUAAUAGUAAUGUUGUACUAUCCACAUCAUUAUCGCCAAGGUUGUCGUCCCCUUCAAUAUUGAAUGCUACAAACCAAUGUUUGACUACUACUACUACUUCUACUUCUGGUGCUGCAGUUAUUGUCAUUGUUACAAGAAUUAGUAAAACAUACAUAAAAAGAAGAAGAAGAAGAAACAAACUGAUAGUCAAAUAA